AUGGCGACAGGUGGGAAGGAAGUAUCUAUAUUUAACUUUAAAUGUUCAACCUGUGUUAAACUGAAUAAGAACAGGGAAGCUGUGAAAUACUGCGUGGAAUGUCAGGGGUAUUGUUGCCAGUCAUGUGUAGACUUACACAGUGUAUUUCCAACUUUAGAAGGUCAUAGCCUCUUAGAUAAGUCAAGUUUUAAGUCUACCACUUUCACAACAGAUCUACCAGUGAUACCGACAGUUAAAUGCAGCUACCACGAGGCAAAGGUUGUGGAUAUGUACUGUGAAAACCAUGACGUGGUCGGAUGUACCACUUGCAUGGCGUUAAACCACAGAAGCUGCAAAGACGUCCAGUCAAUACCUGAUGUUAUUGAGACGACAUAUCAGAGAGCGGAUGUGGAUACAACGGUUCAAAGGUUGUUAGAUACGAAGACCACGAUGGCCAAAAUGAAGGAAUCCAGAGAAACUUUACUAAAAUCUAAGACAAAAGCUAUAAAUGCCAUCAAGAAAUACCGACAAGAAAUGGAAAUGCUGCUUGAAAAUAUGGAAAAAGAAUCAAUAAUGGAAGUCGAGAAGAAAUUUAGUGAAAUAGAAUGUAAUCUGAACCAAGAGAAAAACAAAGCAGAAAAGGAAGAGGAUGGCUUGAGACGAGAUGCUGAUAACCUACAGAAGUCAGACGGAAACCGAGCUCAACAAUUCGUCUAUAUGAAAACUGCCCAGACGAAAUGUGCUGAAACUGAAAUUGUUUUGCGUUCACUGGAGGAGCGCAAUGACACAACGUUAUCUUUUGUAGAAAAUCCCGAUAUACGGAAGUUCUUACAAAAUAUAAAGACAUUAGGUACUGUCAAAAGUCCUCAUCCCGUUUCUUUCCAGCCAAGGACUACCUUGUACACAAUCACUAAUAGCCGGUCAGUUAAUGUUAAAACAUCAAGUGACCUAUACCCCUGCAACCUGCAUGGUUCUUGUUUAACAGACAAUAGUUUUCUUCUUCUUGCUGACUAUAGCAACAUAAAUCUUAAACGUGUAGACAUUGUAAAAAUGUUAGUUGUCGACCAAUGUGACCUCCCAUCUAAACCUAAUGGCGUCUGCUGUAUAAGUAAACAAGAAGCAGCGGUAAGUUUAUGCAACAAGAGCAUCCAGUUCAUGUCAUUGGAUAACCAAAUGUCAUGCACACGGCAGAUUAAAUUAGACCAUGCAGCUUACGGAGUUGCUUACAAAGACAAAAGAUUGUACAUUACUGACUACAGUAAGUCACUUUACAUACAUGAUAUGGCGGGCAACCUGCUGCACACAGUGUCCAAGGACAGUUCCGGCAAUGAUUUAUUCAGUCUGUGUUGGCACCUUACGUUCAGUAAUGAUACUUUGUCUGUAACUAGCCGUAAUGGUUUAGUAACUCUUACCGCAGACGGACAGCAUGUAAAAACAUUUCAUCGUGCAACGUUAAGAAGCGUUACUGGAGUUUGUACAGACAAAAAAGGAAAUAUCUUUGCAAGUGCAUAUUAUUCAAACAAGGUCAUACAGGUAGAACAAGGGGGAAUGAAGGAGCUUGGUGUGGUCGCUCAAGGUUCUGAUGGAGUGAAUCAACCAUAUUCUGUUUGUUUCGAUCCGUGUCAAAAUUUAUUAGUUGUCACCCAAUACAGCACUGACAAUAUUGUACUCUUUGAAUUGCAAUGAUUAAAAAUAACUGAGGGAUGUCAAUAUGGAAGUUAAAUUAUUCAAAGUAUAUUUUACAUAUGUUUCUUUGUGUGUAAUGACUGACUUGCUGGAUUUAUUUAUUUAAGGUAUAGACUUGUGUCAUUACCUGUCUAGAUAGGCAUAUGAAGUGCUUUGUGGUGUUUAAGUGUGCGAUUUUCGAAAGGUAUUCAUUCAUAUCUAGAUAGUAACUAUAACUCAAAACUAACACAAGGGAAGACACUUCUUUCGUCUUGAUUUAUUUAAUACUUUUAAAAUUAUAGAUCUCUUCAACGACAACACGUCAACUAACGAUGGUUAUUGGCAUUGCUAACGUUUUAUGACGCAUCACAACGAACAUUUUUCAUGUGUAAAUUCAGGGGUACGCAUGUUUUCCAUGAGACGUGGCGAUGUGUCCUUGGUAUAAGCAUACAGCAGGGGAAAAUAUUUUCAUCUAUGGAAACGCGUUUGGAUUUUGGAUAUUAUUAAAUAAAGAUAAGCAACUAUAUGUAUAUUAUAUUCACACUUUCGUGGAUUUUAUUAGUAAGAAUCUAGUCCAUAAUGUGAAAGAAAAAAUUCAAAACCAAACAGAUGGAAUGCUUAGGUGAAAUUGGGACGUAAUAUUAUUUAUUAUCCACAGAUAUUUAUCACAUUGCUCAUGUAUUUUUACCAUCAAGAAAUAAAGAGAUCUAUUUAGUAAGA